CACACAACUGAAUUGCCGCAUUUUAGAUUCUUAUUGCGACGAGAUUGUAUGGAGCAAGAAGCGCUAUUGAGCUGGGUACAACUCCUUCCUGAAGAACUGAUUGCAAAAGUGAUUGAACAAGCAGCAGAGUGCAAUUUAGCUAGUCUUUGUUUAUUAAGAAAUUGUAAUAGGCAAUUUCGAAACAUUAUUGACCGCUUUUUGUUGUCCAAGUUGGAAGAGUUGGACGCCCGCAGUUUUCGUGAUCGUUCAAAGUCUUGUGUAUAUAGUGUCGAGAAAGUUCACUCACUCAAAUCUUUUUUGCAAAAAUGUGUCCAUAUUAUCAAACUAGAACUAACUAGAGUUUUUUAUGCCGUAGACGAUACCUUACUAGGGCAAAUUGCAAACUCUUGUAGCCAACUCAAAGUGCUGGAUCUUAGUUAUUGUUAUCACAUAACUGACAAAGGCAUUUCAUCGGUGCUAACUCUAUCAAGUUUGCAAGUUCUUACCAUUCGCAGCUGUCCCAAUAUUACCAGCAAGGCUUUUCAACUGUGUUCGGAGUUGUAUUAUCCUGAAAAUCUUACAACCCUGAACAUUGAAUGGUGCCCCAAUUUGAGCUAUCCAGUGAUGUCAUAUCUGAUAAAGUUUCGUGGAUUGAAGUGUUUGAGUCUGAGAGGAUGUGAAAGUGUAUCAGAUGAUUGCUUCCGUGCCAUAGCCCAUUCUGAAACUGUACCAUGUCUCCAAUAUUUGGAUAUUCGAUUUUGUAUGAUUGGAGAUGCCGGAUUGAUGGUCAUAGCACGCCUCUUUCGACAAUUGGAUAAACUUUUGUUGGGGUCGAAAACACAUAAUCUUUGGCCUUGUGGUAACUGGACUUUGAAUGGUGCCUCUGAAGUUGCUACGAUUUUGCCGUGGUGUAAAAUAAUUUAUUCUUAAUAUGUAGGAACAUGGAAAUACCGUUUUAACCGUUUUCAUCAUUUGACUUCGAUUUUUCCAACUGCUUGAAAAAUUGAUAUCUGGUCCAUCCAUAUAAAAACCCACCCAUUGUGCUCAUAAGGAGCCCUAUUAUAUAUGAAUGAUUCAAAGUUGCACCUCCGAAAGUGAAAAGCCCGAACAAAGUUUGAAAAAGGGAUUUGAUAUGUCCACAAACCAUCGUAUUCGUCGGUGUUGUUCUUUGAGAACAUAAAAAUUGUACGAAAUUCAACGCGAUACCAGCAACAGAAGAAACAAUCACCAAUACUACAAAUGUCCAAGAAGUAAAUGCAUCGUAUUGUGCGUAUCGAUAUUCACCAGAGAAGAAUACCAAAAAGAUCAACAGGAUGAAUGAAAAGAAGCUAUGAUAAUAAACAAGUCCAAAGAUGCCCAUAUCACUCUCAACUCCUGAUUUCUUCACAAGUACUAAACAACAGGCUUGUAAUAGGCAGCUCAAUAGGCCAUACAGCCAACCAUCAGCAAGACUAUGUAAGUCACUCUUACUUGCCAAAAUGGCUCCAAAUAUCAUCAUAAUUAACGUUCCAUAUGUCUGAAGUGUAUAUAUUUUUCCUAAAACAAGGUACUCCAUCGUCACAGUGGCCAGCGGUGCUAACCGUUUCACGA